GCUGACCAGAAUAAAGUGUUUUAUACUCUAAUGUCAGGGCACGUUUCCCAGGCCAGUGUUUCACUCACAUCUCGGAUGUCACACGUCUGAGUCCAGGCGAAGACUUGCUCAUCAGGGGGAAACACCGUGUGACGUUUCCUCUCCCCAGAGACAAAGUCCAUCAGCUGUGACAGACAUGUGAGGGGAUGUUAAACUACAGACAGCAACAACACAGUGUGCAGCGGUGUGUGGUGACAUCAUCAUCCUCUCACUUGUUUGAAGUACUCUUUUCCAAACUCCGGGGCCAGCUCCUCUCUCCAGCUCUCCCCGAAACCAGGAAGCGUGUGGGCCGAGGCCAGUCUCUCCAGCGCGACCCUCUUGUUGCGGGCGAUCCGGUCCUGCUGCUCCGGGGACAGAGGGGUCUGAGCCGGGGAGGCUGCAGCAGAUGAAGGAGGACUGGGAGAGUCGGAAUCCACCGCGGAGGCUUUCCUCUUCCUCUGCAUGGUUGUGAUAUGUUGAGUGAAACACAGAGCGGGUAAGGGCAGCUUCAGGAUCCUUCCACAGCGGAGUAAACACAUCGUCACGCAGGGGGAAGCCUCCGCGUUUGCAGCGGAGAGGUUGUGAACGCGGCCCGGAUGACGCGGUUCGUGUCAAGGGAAACUAAACGCUGCAGUAAGGUACCGUUACAUCAACUUUACAUGUAAACAUCACGAAGUUUUCACUGUGCGAACCUCCCGCAUGCGUGCUGUCAUGUUAGCUACAGAACCGGAAGCGUCACUCACCGCGUCAUUAGCUUCAUCUUCGGUUUGACUUAAAUCCUUGGAAAUACGCUUUUUGGAGACGGGCGAAAAGAACGAAUGGAUCGUUUUCUGUCCAAUCAUCUUGUUGAGGUGCAGUAAAAUGAUGAAAUGUCCCUGAGUGGUGAACAGGAAAGAUCAGCAGCUGCAGGCUCCUCUGGAAAGACCUAAACUUCAAGUGAAUGGGAGCUCGGUAUUUCGCGCCAACACAGAGAUCUCAACAAGUAAAAUCCAGCUCCUCAGACACGAAACGGGUUCCUACAAUGGAUACGUUUGUGGCUCAGACACAGAAUAAACGCUCAUGCACCAGUGAUGCCGUAACAAGAAGAAGUCCAAGGAAGAAGAUCAAACUGUUGGAAGAGGCGAGGGUGAAGGAAGAGGAGGAGGAUGAGGAGGAAGAAGAUGAAGAUGCAGCUUUAGCAGGGUUCUCUCAUCCUGUUCCGUGGCAGAAAAUAGAGGCAGAGGGACUAGACUGUGAUUAUGCUUUACUCUUCUCCAGAGAGGAAGCCGACCAGCUGUUUGAACAGUUGGAGGAGGAGGUGGAGUACUCUACAGGGGAAGAAGCAAAGGUCCACGUGUUUGGAAAGCUGUACAAUAUACCCAGAAAGCAGGCGACACACGGAGAUGCAGGUUUAACCUACACUUAUUCUGGGGUGAAACGUUCAGCCUGCCCCUGGACUCCAACCUUGGAAUCCAUCCGGGACGCUGUCACAAAAACAACAGGACAGACCUUUAACUUUGUCUUGGUAAACAGGUACAAAGACGGGCAGGAUCACAUGGGUGAGCAUCGGGACGAUGAGAAGGAGCUGGACCCACUUUGUCCCAUCGCCUCCGUCUCUCUGGGAGCAGCACGAGACUUCAUCUUCAGGCACAGAGACGCUCGGGGGAAACAGAGCAGCCGGCAGAUAGAACCUGUGAAGCUGGAGCUCACUCAUGGGAGCCUGCUCCUCAUGAACCCACCCACCAACACUUUCUGGUACCACAGCCUUCCUGUGCGCAAGAGGGUCCUUCUGCCUCGCAUCAACCUCACCUUCAGACGCAUCGGACUGGACAGCAAGAAAUGAGAGGGAGCCAUAGAGCGUAUAAGACAAAUAUCACAGAUCUAAAACGUGUUUCUCAAUAUUGUAGCUGAACCUGAGUGACAGAACGGAAUCACACGGUGAAUGCGAGGAGGCUCAGCUGGGACUCUGAUUGAAUCUGUGGUCAAAUUUCUGUCUCAUUCAAGUUCAAACUCCCACUGAAACUAUGAGUUAUAUUUUUUAUAGUACCUGGCAAUGUUUACAAUGAGUCAACAAUGAUAAACACUUCAAUCCUCUUGAAUAAUCCCGGGAUCUCAUUGAUUAGAGCAGGCCGGCUGUAUUUUGACAGAGCAGUGAACUAAUGGUGCCCUGAUUUUAGAUUAGUCCUUUAACAUAUGUGGGGGUAAAAGGAAAGAUGACUAUUAUUCCAGAUAUAGGUUAAUUGAUCAGACUCCAAAUUUAAAUGUGAUAACAACGAAGUGAAGAGAGUGACGUUAAUCUGAUCUGACAUUUAAGGAUUUCAAAAGGUUUCUGGAGCAUCUGAGAUCAUUUUGGACCUUGGAAAUAGAUGUUUGACCUAAUAAAGAGAAACAAAAAGCCUUUUUAAAAACAUUUUCACAAUUGAGGGGGAAAAACUGGAGAUUUAGGAAAUUUAUGCGCGUGUGAAAUGUGGUGCAUCUUGAUUGGUUUGUUCAUGACUGAAUGUCAUUCUAGUUAUAAUCUGUCUGCCUAUGUCACGUUUACCCUGUGAAAUUAUGUAUUUAUUUAUUCUUUUGAAAACUACUGCUCGUUUGUUUCUUCUGUGCAUAUUUGGUCAAUAUAAAGAAUAUUCUCUGACUUGUUGGAGAUUCAGUGUUGUCUUCAAA